CUUAUUACAAGUGAGCAACAUGAAUUUUUCGGGCCCAGAAGAACUAUACAAAUAUCAAGAAGACUACGCCAAACGAUGAUACGCCGCCACCCAUAAGCAGCAUUUCCCCAAACUGUACGAAAAAUAUGUAUACACAAACAAUCAGACAGACAUCCACAUUUGCACCUUACGGCAUACAUAGACGUAUGAAUAUAGAAACUCAUCCCGCGUCACCAGUUUUUCCCCAUUUACUAUUAGGCAAUGGCAAAGAUGCCAGCGAUCCGAGUAGUGUCGGCGCCAAUGCUGUUUUGAAUGUUACCUGCCAAGCACCCAGCUCAGGACCAACGCCGGGACUUAAAUAUAAACAAAUACCUGCCAGUGAUACACCACAUCAAAAUAUAAAACAAUAUUUUCAGGAAGCCUACGAUUUUAUUGGUGAGUAAUUAGUAAUGAUAUAAAAAAAAAACAAAAUGAGUGAAUACAAAUCGCGGACUGGUUUGCCUCCAGUCCAGGUUCAGUCCAGGUGCGCAAAGUUUGUGACAAUAUCAUUGAUUUUCUCUGCAUAAUUGUGCCUACAUCUGCAUAAAUAGCUGUAUCAGCCAGAAGCAAAUCAUAUCCUGUGGGAGAAGCUUUCAAAAGCUCUGUAGAUUUUAUAUGAACGCGCACAGAGUAAAAGCUCUCUCUGAGCAUCACUGAUUUGGACGCAUACCUAGUGAAAGCUCUCUCUGACGCUCAAUAAUGUAUGUAUAGUACUUAUGUAUAUCACCUUGCGUCCAAAAUAUAUCUAGCACCGAGGAAAAAAACUAAAAUCUCAGAGCUGCUUUUGGUUAUAGCGAAAUCCAUAGCUCAAUAAAUACUUACGGUAAUGGUAAUGGCGUUAGGCGUAUGACACCAAUAAUCGUUCGAAAAAAAUUGUACAUACGAUAAUUUCGC